CUUUAUUUUCUAACGACAAUGUCUUUCUCUCUCGAAUCUGGUUUGGCUUACAAGAUCCUUAACGGUUUCUUUGAAAAUGCUUCCUAUGUCAAGGGUAGCGAUGCCUCUGAAGCUGAUAAGGCUGUCUUUGAAGCUCUUCCUGAAGGUCCUGCUGCUGCUACUUAUCCUCACUUGGCCAGAUGGUAUAACCACAUUGCUGCUGUUCAAGGUUUGACUGCCAAGGCUGCUGCUGCUCCUGCUGCUGCUGCUGAAGAUGAAGAUGACAUUGAUCUCUUUGGUUCUGAUGAAGAAGAAGUUGAUGAAGAAGCUGAAAAGAUCAAGGCUGCUCGUGUCGCUGAAUACAAUGCUCGCAAGGCCAACAAGCCCAAGCCUACUGCUAAGACCACCGUGACUCUCGAUGUCAAGCCCUGGGAUGAUGAAACCAACAUGGAUGAAUUGACUCAAGGUGUCAAGGCUAUUACUAUGGACGGUUUGUUGUGGGGUGGUCACCAAUUGGUCGCCAUUGGUUUCGGUAUCAAGAAGCUCCAAAUCAACUGUGUUGUUGAAGAUGACAAGGUUUCCAUGGAUGACUUGACUGAACAAAUCGAAGCUUUGGAAGAUUACGUGCAAUCUGUUGAUGUUGCUGCUAUGCAAAAGAUCUAA